GCACCGACCACCGGCAGCUCGGCAGCGGCACUGCCACUGCGCCGACGCGGCCCUUAUCGUGCCCACAGUCCCACACGUGAACCGUACUGCGCGCGAGUCCAUGCCGCGAUUAAUUACAAGACUCGCAGCCGAACACGACGCGCUUUCAAGUGAUAUAUUGUGAUGUAAAUAAUCCAAUUAUGUAACAUAAAUAUUUGGUUGUGUUCGUUCGGUACGAGUGCGUGCAAAGGUUUGAGGGUGGCCGAGUGGGAGGUGACGAUGCGGAGCGACGUCAUGGUGCCCAGCGAGCUGGAGGGGACGGACUACCUGCUGUCCUCCACCAUGCGGCUCGAGGACAGCUUUCUGCAAAUACUCGACAGCGACAUGCAGCUAGAGACGAGCAGCAGCGAGGCGAGCGCCGGCAGCUCGGCGGCCUUGUCGCAGCACUGCGCCAUCUGCGGCGACCGCGCCACCGGCAAGCACUACGGCGCCAGCUCCUGCGACGGCUGCAAGGGCUUCUUCCGGCGCAGCGUGCGCAAGAACCACCUCUACACCUGCAGGUUCAGCAGAAAUUGCGUAGUGGAUAAGGACAAAAGAAACCAAUGCAGAUAUUGUAGGUUAAGAAAAUGCUUUAAAGCCGGCAUGAAGAAAGAAGCCGUCCAAAACGAGCGAGACCGGAUCAACUGCCGCCGGCCGUCGUACGAGGAGCCCACGCAAGCCAACGGGCUGUCAGUUGUGUCGCUGCUCAACGCCGAGCUGCUCAGUAGGAAGGUCAUAGACGAGACCAUCAACGUGUCGGACGCAGAGAUCAACAACCGCAAGCUAGCGAAGAUAAAUGACAUAAAUGACGUGUGCGACUCCAUCAAACAACAGCUACUGAUCCUGGUGGAGUGGGCCAAAUACAUCCCCGCCUUCACCGAGCUGCACCUCGACGAUCAGGUGGCGCUUUUGCGCGCUCACGCGGGCGAGCACCUGCUGCUGGGCUGCGCGCGCCGCUCGCUGCACCUAAAGGACGUGCUGCUGCUCGGCAAUAACUGCAUCAUCGCCAAACACAACAUCGAUGGGCGUAUGGACAUAGACAUCAGCAUGAUCGGUAUGCGAGUGAUGGACGAGAUCGUGAAGCCGCUGCGGGAGAUCGACAUCGACGACACAGAGUUCGCCUGCCUCAAGGCCAUCGUGUUCUUCGACCCUAAUGCCAAAGGCCUAUCACAACCGCAGAAGAUCAAGCAGCUCCGCUACCAAGUGCAGAUAAACCUGGAGGACUACAUCAGUGACCGGCAGUACGACGGCCGCGGCCGCUUCGGCGAGCUACUGCUCAGCCUGCCGCCGCUACAGAGCAUUACCUGGCAGAUGAUCGAACAGAUACAGUUUGCUAAACUGUUCGGUGUGGCUCAUAUUGACAGUUUGCUGCAGGAAAUGCUUCUUGGAGGCGCGUGCGCCGAGCCGACCGCGGAGGCGGGCGCGGGCGCGUCCCCGGGGGGCGCGGGCGCGGCGCCGGCUCGGCCGGGCUGGUGCCGCAGCUGCCCGACGCCGCCAUGUUCCCGCCGCCCUUCAAGCAGGAGCCCAACAUGUGAGCACACACACACAUACUCGCACUCGCCCGCCCGUCAUCAUCACUCUACGAUAUCAUUGAAGCGUAGACGGGACGACGUCGCAUACGAUUCUAGUUACAUUGCGGACUAUUAUACGAUCAAAACACUAAUCGAAUACCGCAGUGUGAUGAAACUCGCAUGCGCAUUCUCGCACCGUGUAUAAUAGAAGUCGCUCUGUGACUUCGGCAGUCCGGUCGGUUCAUAACGCGUGAAUGUAUAGAGUCGAUGUCGAGCAUUUUGCGACG